GUUCCGCCGAGAGAGAGAUUGAAAGAGAGACCCGCUCCUCUUUUUGUAUUUCAAGCCCAACAGAAAAAAGACCUCAACCUCUUUCUCCCCAGGCUUCGGCCAGUCGUCCUCGCCGCACAAUGGCCUGGCAAACCCCCAAUGGUCUCGUGCAGGCCAUGCAUCUUAUUCGUCAAACAGUUCCUCUCCGGCCUGUACUCCAGCGCUCCAUGCUCUCCGCAUCGCCCGUUCUCUCGGCUUCAUCGACGACGACAACGACGACGACGAGGCUCCCUCGGAGCCUCAGUAGCAAGCGAACAUACGCAACUCAACUUGAAGUCACCGCUGCUCCUCCGAUCGAUUUCGACACGCUUCGCACCCUCCCUGCACGGCUUGUGCCCGUCUCUCCGUCGUAUUUCUCCGGCAGCCCCAAAUUUAUCGACCACCAGUUGGCGCUCGAACAUAUGCUCGCCGAGAAUCUCAGUCUACCGAUUGUGGAAAGCAGCCAGGCCCCUCGUAUGGCAUGGUUCAAGUUGGCUCAAUUCCGUGAUUUUGUCGGUGAAUCCGUGCCUACGAAGAAGUACAAGCGCCUCAUCAAACUUCUGCAGCGACUCAAUCGAAUCGAUCCAAAAUUGAUGCCCGAUAAUGUGAAGGAGACUAUUCACAAAUACGUUCGUGGAGGCAACCCGUACGCGAACAAGCCUGCGCCGGCUACGGUGGAUGAGAUGGGCCGUGCUCGUGGCCGGGGCAAACGCAAGUCUUCCUCGGCAGUGGCUUUCCUGGUCGAGGGUGAGGGCGAGGUCAGGGUGAAUGGAAAGACAUUGGUCGAGGCUUUCCCUCGAGUACAUGAUCGUGAGAGUGCCACCUGGGCUCUCCGAAGUACGUCGCGACUGGACAAGUAUAAUGUGUGGGCUCAAGUUCAGGGUGGAGGAACUACUGGGCAGGCAGAAGCCAUCACGCUGGCUGUUGCACGAGCGCUGAUGGUUCACGAGCCCGCUCUAAAGCCUGUACUUCGGAGAGCUGGCGUCAUCACGGUCGAUGCCCGUCGCGUGGAGAGAAAGAAGCCUGGUCACGUCAAGGCGCGCAAGAUGCCUACCUGGGUCAAGAGAUAAAGGCGCGAUCAAGGCUGGUCCUCCCUCGCGUGUGGGGAGGGAGGGGGUGCUGGCUUCUUCCUUUGUAUUUCUACUUCCUUGCUGUAUUAUUCGAUUUGGCCUUGUGAUUUCCUCAACGAAAGUAUAUCCUGUCUUGCAAGCAUCCUGACCUGGUGCCACGGAGGUCGUUUCAGGACACGACACGGCAUGUCUCCGGCGACCGGCAUGUAACUAUUGGCGUAAAAGCAAUAGACCGAAUUUUG